AGCGUCAAUGUGACUGUUGGUGUCGAGUAUCAGAGGGGUGAUGUUCAAUAGGAGAGGCUGAAACUGAGCAACUUAAGAUGCACUUGUUCGGUCUGCAUGUCACAUUCAGAUGUGCUGAAGCGGUAAUAAAAUGGAUUUAACUCUCAAAUUUGACCAUGAGAGCUGCUGGGACAUCGAUACUGUUUGGAAUAAAUCCGUUACAUUGGAAGUAAUCGCGACGUUUGGCCGUUCAUUGGGGUCUCAGCUGAGCAGUUGGGGUUCAUUUUAAGAAUCGUGUGAUAAUGUGAAUGCAACUGGAUUAGCUGUAAAGACAUCGGAGGAAUAUUAUUAAACUCUUACACAGAAAAAUACAGCACAAAUACAAACAAUCCCACUGACUGCGCCAAUUUUUUCUGUUUGUGUACUGGAUAUAAAGCUCAGAUGACUGGACCAGUACACCUUUGUGUUGAAUUAUCCUCAGAGGACUAAAGGGCUGUCUCAAUGCUAACCAUCUCCAUGCUAUUGAGAGGAAUACAGACACAGGAGGAUGUCAACAGAGGCAGAACUUCAAACAGAUGUCAAACUCAGCGUAAAAAAGGAGUCCAGGAGAAGAGGUCAGAAUCGCAGUGAGCAGGCCCUGAUUCAGCGGUUCAGAGGAGAUGGCGUCAGUUACAAGGCCAAGCUGAUCGGGAUUGAUGAUGUGACGGCAGCGCGUGGAGACAAGCUGUGCCAGGACUCCAUGAUGAAGCUGAAGGGAAUUGCUACCUCGGCACGGUCAAAAGGGAACCACAAACAGAGAAUUUUCUUGACUGUGUCCUUCGGAGGAAUCAAGAUUUAUGAUGAGAGAUCAGGGGUCUUACAACAACAACACUCUGUGCACGAAGUCUCCUAUAUUGCCAAAGACACGAGGGACCAUCGCGCCUUCGGCUUCGUGUGUGGAAAGAAAGGAAACCACAAAUUUGUGGCAAUCAAAACAAGCCAUUCGGCGGAGCCAGUCAUACUGGACCUGCGUGACCUGUUCACCCUGGUCUAUGACAUCAAACAGAGGGAGGAGUCACAGAAAAAGACUCAGAAGGACAAACACUGUGAGCCAGCCGUAUAUCAGAGCAUUCUGGAAGAUGAGAUGGAUGAUCCAGUGUAUCAGUACAUUGUGUUUGAAGCUGGACAUGAGCCUCUCCAUGGCCACCAAUCAGAAGAGAGCAUUUACCAGGUCCCAACAAGUCAGCAGAAAGAAGGAAUCUAUGAUGUUCCAAAACGCCAUUGUAUGACUAAUAUAAACCAGUUUGAUCUCUUUGGUGACAUGGCCACCCCACCAGACAUCCUGUCAAUGCCAGCGUCACCUGCUAACACACUGGAUCUUGGAAGGAGACGACAUCAGCAUCCCCCAGAACGUUUCACCCAUUUCAGCCCACCAGCAGUGCCCUCAGGGUAUAUGACCAUGGGUGCUAUCCAGGCUGCUCACUGGGCUCAACAAUCCUUUGCCACCCAAGGUGCUCCAAUGGCCUUUGGGGUUCAGGCACCGUUGCAGGUGGCCCAGAUGCUUCCUGGAGGCCAGCCUGUGAUUUGGGGUCAGGCCAACCUCUUCCACUCUCCAGCCACGGGCCAGCAGCAGUGGACUUUCGUACCGGCACAGACGGUGGGCAUGGGAGCACAUCCAAUUCCAACAGCUGUGCUUCAGGGUCUCGUUCCCAUAGCAACCAUGCGACCCCACUCCUGUGAGCCCCCUGAAACAUCAUCAACCAUUACGAGUCCUCAGCACUUUGUUGCCUCUACCCUGCGGCGUAGUGGAUCUAAACACACCCUGAAUGAGGACCCUUCAGAGGAGACAAUAGCCAUUCACAUGCACACAGGACAACUGGAAGCUGCAGCAGACCCUGGACAGCCUUCUGAAAAACGUGAAGUGGAGGAACUGGAUCUUUCACAGAUGAGUCUGACUCCAGGGUCAUCGAUAUCUCCAUUCACGACUGACUCUUGUGCUACUCCAGGUCCUGAACAGGAAACCACGUCCCUAGCAGCUGCCCCCUCAUUAGAGCCAUCACUGCUGGAGGCAAGAGACAGCUCAGGCCAUUUGACAGAAGGAUUGGUAAUAGUUACUGAGGUCUGUUCUCAAACUCUCAGCUCUGAUUUGAUGCCAGCAGAUGCAGACUCUUCACAGCUGGAUGUCUGAAGAGAGAUUACUUUUGGGAAGAGUUAAACUGGACAUGCAGGAAAAGACAUCACAUGAACACCCUGUACCAUGAGCUCUGUGGAAUAUUUCACAAACUCUUCAAUUUAAUGAUUAUGACAGUGGCUGAAAGUCCAUUUUAUAACAUGACAGUCAUUUUAAAUAAAUGAAGUGCACCUUUCAUUUGAGAUGGAAUUUAAUAUUGGCUGUUUACCAGUAACCGCCAACCUUGCAGACUAUUUUAGAAAUGAAAUAUUUUUAUCUAAAAUAACACUAAGCUGUUACGAUACUGGAAAUUGGAUCAAUGAGAUCAAAGUGUAACUGUGAAUUUGAUGGACUAUGAGAGUUUAUCAUCUUUUUCAGUGUCUGCAGAACUGCUAAAACAUUUGUAAUGCACAGCGUUUCUGUAUUUAAGCUUUGACCAGAAGUGAUUAAUCACUUUGACUGUGAAGGUUGCAUUAUAAAUUUGGAGGAGCCAAAAAAAUUGGUUAAAAACUUGUUGUUUUUGUUUUUUUCACAGAAGGAAUUAUAUGUUGAUGUUAUGUUUUUUUUUUUUUUUUUUUAUCAAAAAGAACAGAGACUUGUAAAGGAAACACAUUUCUUUCCAUGGACUAUCUGCAUGGAUUGUCAAAAGCGAAGACGACACAUUCUCAUUUCUUUAUUUUAUUUUAUUUAAUUUUUUUAUUUUUUUACCUUUUAUAAAAUUAUAUAUGAUUAUUACAAACAGACAAUCUAGCUAUGUUUCCAUCCAAGGGUUUUUUUGUGACAAAAGGUGCACAGCAGCACAUCAAAAACCGAUAUAGCUGAUGGAAAUGCAGAUUAUCGCUAAAAUUUCACAAUUGUCGACAUAAUAUUUUUCUGUUUAGCGCAUUCAAUACUUCAAAUGUUGCGAAAAACUGGUUUGGAAACACUUUUUGUUGAGAAAAUUGCCAUUAAUGCAAAAAUGUAGUGUCACGUGACAGAAUUUAGCCUGUGUUAAUCAUGACAACAAGGUAAACAUCCUUGAAAGCCAGUUUAUUGUAUGUGAAGCAUUACUCGCACUGUUAUGGAUUGGUUUUAAUGGCAUACCUGCACAGAUCUGAUGCUGCAAACACGUCUGCGUCAUGACACUUCCAGGAAUGUCAACACAAAUAUCGCAUAUGCACCUGUCAUCGACGGAGAACAAAUGAAUGGCCACUCUUUGCGAUUAAUUUAAUCAUGGUAGACAUCCGUUUAUUUAGUAAUGUUGCUUUUCCACACCAUUCAAAAUAAUAGACGGCAGUCAUGGAAGUAGCCCACAAUACAAAAAAAAAAAAAAAACAUAAUUUCUGUGCACAAAGAUGUUUUAAAUUAAAAAUAAAUACACAAUACUAUUAGAAAAUCAUCAGUGUGCUUUUUUGAAACACUAAGAUAGAGUCCAAUUCUAUUAAAUUAUUGUUUAGCUUACUUUUGAAAAAAUGCCGGCAAAAUUCCCUGUAUUAAAUUAAAUAAAUUACCAAAUUAAUAAAGCAUUAAAUUAAACAAAUAAAUUACUAAAAAUAAUAAUGUUAGGCCUAUAUAAUUGCCUUUUCUUUACACAAACUUAAAUUAGCCUUACCUUGUUCUAUAGAUGAAAAAAGUUGUCUGAAUGACAUUCUCAGAAUGUUCUACACUUUUUUUCAAGACUAUAAACUAUCAGAACUAUUUGUCCAAUGAGUUCACUUUCAGAAAACCAGCUUUUGAACAUUUUAAAACAUUUAAAUAUUUUAAAUCUAACCCUUUUUUACCUCAGAUCGCAUUUGCUGAGCUUCUUCAGAAAAUGUAAAUGCAUUAUGACACUAAAAAUAAUUUUAGAUGACUAUCAAGUUCAGUUGGUCGUUAAAAGUUGCAGGACAAAUAUGUGGGACAUAAUGCAGUUGUGAUGGCGAUGCUUUAGAUGAUUGUUCAAAAUAGCCUGUUGAAUAUCAGGAAUGUAUCAUAUGUAAACCCUGAUAUUACACCACAUCAACUUUUCUUUAAUAGUUGUGCACACAACAUAUACACAUUGAUGGAUGGUCCUUAUACUAAGAUCGCUUUCGGGUCAGGACCGGUGGCAACCUGUGAUAGGCGCAACAUUAGGACCGAUAUUACAGUCCUAUCAGAAGGGCAACUGUUCCCUUUUGAUUGCAAUUCUUCGUCUUCUGAUUGCAUUUAUUUGUGAAAUUAAAAUGACAGUAAGCUGGAUAAUUUCAAUGAUUUGUCUCAAUACUCUCCCCAUUUUACCAAAACUUCAGGGGGAUUAGGGACAUCUGGGAGGCGAUAGGUACACAAUUAGCGAUAAACACACAUUUCUAUAUGGAAACGGCAUAAGGGCAGAUUUCUUUUGCGAUAAACCAAAAUGAUGCGUCAAAGUGUUUUUUUAAGCAUGACGUCAUCAUGCACACCAUUUUUAUCGAUAAAAGGCCUUUUGAAUGGAAACAGGCAGAAGACGGCAAAUUUCGCAAAAAAAUUUUUUACGCGUUUUCACUUUGUUGAUAACAAAACAGUGCGAAAAAUGAAUGAAAACUAGUUAUGAUGCUGUUAAUCUUAUAUGUUUUUGAAUGAAACACUGUAUUUGUCUAUUUGUUGAAUUUUAAAGUCUCUGCUUGGGAGCUUUUGUGCCAUGAGAUUUUCUCAUCUCAGUGUUGCAAGCUCAGUGGGAUUCAUCAGCAGUACUGUAUGUGUACAUCUGGACAUCUUCAGGGUUCAUGUUUGUUUUACUGAAAAACCUUUCCAUUCUGCAUUUACCACCUAUUAUAUGUGAACAGUGUUGGGUAGUAACAGACUACAUGUAAUCGAGAUUACAUAAUCAGAUUACAAAUAUUAGGUACUUAAAGUACAUUAUCUUUUAAAAUACAUGCAGUCAUGUUACAGUUAAAUAAUUUGUUAUUUUUAUAUAUUACAUAAAUACAGACUGAUUAUCAAUCAGGCAACAACAAUUAAAUCAGUUUACUGAUAAUUUACCAUUAUUUACUGAUUGUACCCAUACAUUUUACAAAAGCUUUCUGAUCCAGAGACUGAAAUAUGUUCUGUAUUAAGAAGGGAGAGGAAACAGACAACGCAAAAGACUCAAUUUUACUAGUUAACUAAUUUACUACUCUAACUACUUUGUUUAAAGAAUAUGAAUUGGUACUUAAAGCACUUAAAUGAAUAUUCAAUACAAAUUAAGAUCAAUUGACAGAAUUUGUAGCAUAAUGUUGAUUAUCACAAAAAUGUAUUUCAAAUCGUCCCUCCUUUUCUUAAAAAAAAAGUUCAAAUCUGUGUUACAAUGAGGCACUUACAAUGGAAGUGAAUGACACCAAUCCGUAAACAUUAAAAUACUCACUGUUUCAAAAGUAUAGCCACAAGACAUUAACAAUAUGUGUGUUAGAUUAUGUUACAGUGUUGUAGCUCAAAUGGUUCAGAUAACUGUCUGGAUAUUGUCUGCUUUGCUUGAAGUGUUUGGUUGAGAGUCGCAAUGUGUUUUUCAAGAUAUGAAUCUGAUUUUUGCCCAAUUUCCUCCAAAUCAUGAUUUUUAGAUGUUCCAUGACAUUGAGCCAGCCUUUUGUUGUAUUGUAGUUAUCUACUCAAAUUGCCCUUUUUGUUGAUAAAAAGCCAGAUGAAGUGCCAUGUUUAUAAGUAAUGUCUACCACUGUACUAUCAGAUCUGCCAUUUUUAUUUUGCUUUAUAUACUGUCAGAAAAAAAGAAAGAAUAAUAUUGAUGUUAAAUAUAUGGGUUAAAAAAAGAAGAGGUUUGAUUUUUGAAGUUUUGAAGAUUUGAUUUUCUAAAAAAAAAAAAAAAAAAAAAAAAAACACGGCUGCAUGUGUCAUGUACUUAUUCGGUUUGAUACUAAGAGAAAAACUGGACUAACUGUGAUAAUGCUGGAAAGAUGGCACUUCAAAAUCAGCAAAGCAAUUGAAAUAAAGCAAAUAAUGUGAAUUGUUUUACACGUCAUGGGCUAGAUUCACUUAUAUUUAUGUUAGACAUAUACAUGCUUUUGUCAGUGUAAUUUAUGCACUGUCCAAAUAAAAAC